AUGAGAAAGUUGAUAGCUGAUAAACGUGUUGCCUUUCUUCCUCCAUUUCUGCCAUCUGCUUUCAUUUUUCUGCAAAGUUUUUGCUCCUUUCGACGCUGCUUCAUCAAUUUGAGCUUCAGCUUCGUUUUUUUGCAAGACGACGACAAGAAUGCUUCUACUUUACUUUUUUCAGAAUCGAAGCUCCUCCUGCUAGUGAUAUGUACUGAUUUCACCUCAUCUGCUUCAAUCUCAAAUGAUUUAGCUUUAAAAGCGUUCCGAGAUGCAUGCACAAUGAGAUUGUAUGUGAUUUAA